ACUCAAACCCAAUAUUCUCUCCACCCAUACCACCCCUCUCCCUCUAUAUAUACAUCAGAGCGAUGAAUUACGGAGUAUGUAAAUUCCCAAGCUAGCAGCUCUCAAUUAAUUAAACCUAACAUCAAAGUAUUAAUUCUUCAGAAACACUUGAAGGUCCGUCUCUAAUAUGAUCGAUGCACAGAACAAUCAGUCCAGAGAUUGAUCGGAGAUGGCGGGCCAGUCGGAAAGAAGAAGCUGACGGCGGCGGUCUAACUCUGCCGCCGGUUUCGCCUAAAUUUCAUAGUGAAUGUUGCAUGUGCGGAGAUAAGGGUCUGCCAUUUGAGCUUUUCAGAUGCAAAUCUUGCCUAUUCCGAUCCCAGCACAGGUAUUGCAGUAAUUUAUACCCGAAAGCGGAGUCUUAUCGGCAAUGCAACUGGUGCUUAAGGGAUCAAAAGGACGACGACAACUCUUCCCAUUCUUCUUCUUCUUUACUCUUACCAUCGCCGCCGCAUAGAGCCGCCGGGAGCGACGGCGAUGAAAUAAUUACAAAAGAGAUCAAGAAGAACGAAAAAGAAAAGUUACCCCGGUCCAUUUCACCUCUUCCUCACCACCCACAAAAUUUACCAAUAUGGAGUAAUAAAAAAGGUGGUGGGUCAAGCCCAAAGGGGGUGAUGAGAAAGGGCCCUCUCAUGGCGGCGGAGAAAUCACCGCCGCUCAAAACCGCCGGUGCGGCCAGUCUGCGGAGGUCAGCGUCGGAUGUUGGGAUAGUUAAACAUGUGGUGGUUAGAAACAAGGUAAGGAGAAGGUAUAAGCUCUUGGAAGAGGUAGCCAGUCGCUAGUCAAUAAUGUGACUAUAAUAUAGUUAAUUAAUAUUUCGAGUUUUUUCUCCUUGUGAUUGUUUCAAAAGCUGAUCCUCUUUGAAAGUGAAAUUGAAAUUUUCCUGAUAAGAGAUACAAGUGUGUAUCUUGAGGCACGCAUUUUUCUAAAAUGGAUGAUGUAUAUAUUUAGUAAAAUAAAUAAAUAUCCCAAAAGAAAUAUCUUUUUAUAUGUUUAAUUUGUAAUAUUUCAAUAUUAUUCAAAUUGUUAAAAUAUUUGUCCCACCCGAGUUUAC